AUGUCCAAUACUACACAUACUUUCAUAACCGAACCCACGAAAGAUAUUAUUGUAACUCUCUUACAAGAAAUUUUAGAGCUAUACAAAAAAGGAUGCGACCACUGGGAACCAGACAGAAAAAUCCUGAAUCGAGUCCGCGAACAUUAUCGAUCAUACCAAGGACAAAUAAACGAACAAUCGAUAUACAAUUCCUUGUCACAAAUUGUGGCAGAAGAUAACACUCCAGCACACAUAAAUCUUCAAGCGUUCUUGACUAGAUGGGGUUUCGGCACGAUCCCAGAUAUAAAGAAAGCAUUUCAAUUGUUUCAUCACUCGGCGGUGUUGGGGGAUCCAGUGGCGCAAAGUGAGCUCGGAUAUUUUUAUAAUAAUGAAUUGGGGAUUACAAGAAAUCGAGAAAUGGCACAUAAAUGGUAUAGUCAGUCGGCUAAGCAAGGGUAUCCAUUAGGUCAGUCGAAUUUGGCAUAUUGGUACUUGUGUGGUGGAAAUAAGGUGGCCGCGGGGGAAAAGAGUAAUGGUAAAAAGGCUGUUUAUUGGUAUUUGAAAGCAGCUGAUGCAGGAUUAGCGUCGGCUGAAGCGCGGUUAGGGUUGUUGUUUCAAAAGGGAAUUGGCACAAUGAAAGAUAAACAUGAAGCGCUGCGAUAUUAUCGUAAAGCGGUUGUGCAAAAAAAUGAAAACGCGAGAAUUGGAUUGGAAUGGAUGAUGAUGCAUUGA